GGCGUGCGUACUCCAACCUUGGCGAUCGUCACAUGCCAGUUGCCUUGCACACAUGAAGAGCCCGAGAAGCGAUUCGGCUUAGAGUGCGUGUGUGUUCUUUCCUGUUGCCGGCGAUGGAGUCGUGGAAGCCACUUCGUAGACACUGCGGACGGCAGCGAUGCCUAGACCCCCUGUUAAUGUGGUGCGUUGCCGUGCUGUGCCUUUCGUGUUUAAGUAGUGGCCGUGCCGACGAGUCCCAGGUUCCACUGGUGCGGAUCGAAAACGGACUUCUCGCUGGAAAGCGAAUCUCAGUGCUGGGCAAAGAUGUCGACGCGUUCCUCGGCAUACCGUACGCUUUGGCUCCAAUAGGCAACCUGCGCUUUGAGAAGCCGCAGCCCGCCGACGCUUGGGAAGGCACGUUUCAAGCUGUCAACAAGCCGCCGCCAUGCCGUCAGCUGGACAUGCCGUUCUUGGCAGGUACGCGCCUACACUAUUCCAACACUACCACGGAGGACUGUCUGUACGCAAACGUGUGGAGGCCUUCGUCAAGUUGUCCCCAAUCCGAGUCGUGCGGAGCCAAGCUACCCGUUAUUGUGUUCAUACAUGGCGGAGCGUUGCAAUGGGGAGAUUCGAGUUUGUUCCUGCACGACCCGUCAGUGUUCGUCGCCGAAUCGGACGUCGUGUUCGUCACGUUCAACUACCGCGUUAGCAUGUUCGGGUUCCUCUCGGCGAAGAACCCGGACCUUCCAGGUAACACGGGGAUGUGGGAUCAGGUCCACCUCUUGAAAUGGGUUCAGAAAAAUAUCGAGAAAUUCGGCGGCGACCCUACAAUGGUGACGAUCAAAGGUCAAAGCGCCGGCGCAGUUACAGCCGGCCUUCACGCUACAUCGCCGCAAAGUAAGGGUCUCUUCAACAGAAUCAUCAUGGAGAGCAGCACACCGUUAUCGCUGUUUCUCACCAUGAGUUUCAAUGUGGUUGGUCAAUUCGUAAACGUCGCCAACGCGCACGGUUGCAUCGACAACUCGAAGGACUGGAGGGAAGAGACCCCAGCCAUCGUCAACUGUCUCAGGAAAGUUGAAGCUGAUGCCAUCAUCGCCAAAUUAAAGGAGGAGACUACCUUCAAGCAGAUGUUCCCGAUGGUCUUCGGCGACCAGUUCUUUCCCAACGACCCCUUGGAUCCAGAAACGUAUGCGGAUCUACACGUAAAAGAGAUUCUGCUCGGAACGACGACGGACGAAGGCACAGUCUUCCUCAACAAUAUACGUAACGUUGCACCACAGUUUGAAGACUACAUAUCGGGUAACUACCGCCUUGCCGUGACACUGGCACUGAAGACAAUGUUCAACAUUCCGUUGUCUCACGCACGAGAUAUCACAGUUGCCUAUUUUGGAGAUCAGAGCGUUGAACACAACAGGAAAUCCGUUAUCGACAUUGUCUGCGAGCUAUUUGCUGAUGCCACGAUUUACUGCCCGACACUUAUGUUCGCGGAUGUUGCGACUCAGCGAGGAGUGAAGGCAUAUCGUUACAUAUUCGCCCACAGAGCUUCAGACAGCUACUGGCCAGAGUGGAUGGGCGUCACACACGCGGACGAUCUGCCUUACACAAUGGGCUCAUUACUGUUGCCCAAAGACGAGAACUUGUUUACUCCGCCGGUGGGACAAGACCUUCGUGACUUGGUCCUCAAAAAGACCCAUACUCAAGCCGAAGAAGACUUCGUCAAGCAGAUAAUCGCAAGUUGGACGGCGUUUGCCAAACACGGGACGCCUGCAAUGGUAACACCUGGAGACAAGUGGCCAGCGCACUCGACUAGCAGUACGCUGCUCGUAAGCCUCAAACCUGGCAGCUUCAACGUGACAGCAGAACAGCGCAGGUCACGUUGCAACCUUUGGAAGCCAUUGCUGUUGCGCAAGUCCUCAUCGCACAGUUCAUCGCACCAAGCAACCCAGAAACCCACCACCGCGAAACCCAGUUCCCAGACACCAAAGGCAAAGAUCUCGCCCGACAAGGCGAACUCAGUCUUCAAGAAACGACCAUCGUCGAGUACCAUCAAUCUCCCGUCAAGUCUGGUUACAGUUGCCCUCGCCUUACUUACAACUUCCCGGUGGUGAUAAAAGACAGUUGUACAAAUGUCUCUUCCUACUUACACUGCCUCUUAUGCAGCGCAGCGAGUGACGCAACGAGAGCCAUAUAGGACAAUACCAUAGUACUCAGAACAACGUCAUAAACGCCACAAACGAUAGGCCGGCAUGUUACGUAAUCAAAGCGCUAUUCAAAGAAUGAACCUUACCACUUUUCGCGCUCAUGCUUUGUCUAAUCGCUGUUGGCAUUCGCAAACAUCGACCUCCAAAAGUGAUGUCGCUGCUGUAGGUAUUGGAAUCUUGCCUUGUGUAGGCAGCUUUGGUGAAGUCGUGCGAGCCUGAAACCGAUUCACUAAGUGAGUGUGUUGUGCUGCAAAAGGUUGAUCGAGUUCUUCAUGAUAUCGUCCCAUUUGACAACCUCUUGCUAGACGUGUAACGGCUGCAUGCGUCAAGUCCAGUUUCAUCUAAAAGGAGUAUAAAUGCUCUCAGGAAGAGGAAGUACUAGUUCCUAAUCCUAUCCUUACAAAGUCUCUUCAAAUGUAUACUGUUUGCCUGUGAGUAUGA